GCACGUAUCACCUCAAGGAUGCCGAAGUAUGGAGGUCCGUGUUUUGUUCGAGGUAAUUAACCGUUUUAUAAACUACUUACGGAAAUUUUUCAAUGUUUGCAUGAUUUAUAGAGCUGUAAUUGGCCAUUUGUUACUAAGGAAAUCUUUGCUGCACAAUAUAAGGCCAUUUUCUGAGGAACUGAAUGUAGUCUUCCGCUAAUACGUCAGUCGAGAUCAAACAUGCAUGAUCAAAUCACUGUCAAAUGUCGCAGCUCAUUCAAAUAACUUAUUUAUGUAUUCACUCCCAGGGAAUUCUUGACAAAUGCACAGUUGAACAUGGGAAAAAAGAUUGGAAACGCCGACAUUUCGUGUUCAAACACAUAUUGGCAAGUAACAUCAGAAGUCUUGAACUUUACCCGGCUGCAACGAAGAAUUGGCGAAAAUCCGAACCCAAAGGCGUUCUGGCGCUUUACCCUGGCUAUGAAGUCCUAAAAGUUCAUGAACCAAGACGAAAUUUUGUCUUUGAAAUCAAAACAGUUGAUCACACUUACCGCUUAGCAGCACAUUCAGAAGAUGAACUCAAUCAAUGGAUUCUUAUUUUGGAAAGGGAAAGCAUUAGUAAGUAUUUUCUGGCGUGCUGACACAGCUGUAACGUUAAAUAUUGAUAAUUUUAAGCUAAAAGCUUAUUUUUAUGACUUUAUUUUGAAGUGAACAUUCUACAGGAGUGGCAUUACUGGUCCACAAUGCACGAUGAUGCCAUUGUACUACAACUACCAGAAUGCUUCAGUUUAUUGUUUUCUUGUGCAAAGUAAGGCUAUUGUUUUGUAAACCUCAGCGAGAUUGACAAAUUUGAAUAAGAAAGCAAAAACGAAAUGAAUUCUGGUACCUUAUUAUAGGAAAUUAACGCUCCAUGAAAUUAAUGCGAAUCGUUAAAAUUUGCAUUAAUUAAAGUCGCAUUAAUUUCGUUGAGCGUUAAUUUCUGCGAUGUUAAUGAGGUGCAGUGUUAAUUUCCGCGCUCUUAAUUUCUAGUAUUUUAACCCCAAUUUUGGAACCUGUCCAGACAUUGUUGACACCUAAAAAACAUUAACUACAAGCUUUCUUUCUUUCCAUUUACUUUUAUUUUUCAUCUUUCACGAAAGCUAAGGCGAAGGUUUACAAUAUUUUGCGUUCAUCUUCAUCAUUGUCGCCUUCAGAAGUGAUGUCACUAUCUUCUCCUUUGAUUUCGGCCAAGACAGAUUUCGAAUCAUCACCACCAACUGUGUCUUAAUCGCGUUAAUUUCCUUUAAAUGAAAUUCUGCCUCCUCUUUUGCAUUCAUUUUCUUUAUGCGAAAGUUGUUUUCCAUCAAAUUCACGUUAAUAUAAGUCGGUUUAAUUUCCAAUACCUUAAUUUCGUGGAGUGUUAAUUUCCUAUAAUAUGUAAUUAUGUAAUAAGGUAGUUGUAGUCAAAUUUCGUCAUCGUGAAAAUGGCCUUUCUUUAUCAUAUUUUAUAAAUAAAGCCAAACAUAGCAUAUCAAGGGCUUGAUGGCUGCCUAAUAAUUAUGACAACAAUAGAACUCUCCAAGGGAUGACCAAAAGGUGGCCACAACCACUGGCUGAAGGUGGCUGCUGAAUAGAGACUUCUAACAACACUGUUGACACAGGAAUAAAAUAAUGUAUUGUUAAGAAAAAAAAAUUAGCGGAAAAUUUCUUGGAGGAUUUUGUUUUAAGGAGAUAUUUUGCAUUACAUUUUAGAUAAGUUGAAUUUUUAUUAGCAUGGAGAAACUGUUUUCAUAAUGCAUCAUACUAACUCGGAAAUUCAAUAGUUUUCUCCAUUUCUUUGUGUACUAAAAUAUGCCAAAGAGUCCCUUUUCUUCUCUAGUGGUAACCUUUUCUGAGGAGUGCCUCCUCUUUCUCAUUUACAUAUUGUUUAUUAUCACCAACCGCAUUUGCAAUUCUCUUUGUUGCAGCCGUUAAAACCAGCCAUUUCAUUAUGAAUCCUGUUCAUCAAAAAAAUAAUUUGCCCUUUUGGUCUAGUACAUGUUAGCUAUAGCUUGCACAAUGGAUAAGCUGUAGAAAUGACCUUCUUUACACUGUGAUUCUGUGUAUUAAUAUGAAAGCACCCUUAGUUAUCCAAUCAUUCAUCCAUCCUCUCUUCUUGGCAAGCGCUUAUUCGAGAUAUCAAAUGCAGUUUUUCAAUCAAAGAACUUAACUACUAGCCUGAAUUUCAUCUGAUUACUUUGAGUCGUUAUUACUCCCUCAGUAACAUCUGAAUCGACCAGCUGUUAAUGCCUUGAUCCAGUGACAUCACUACUCCUUUGCUUUAAUUCAUGCAAAAAGUAAACAUGAUUUUCAAGUAGCAAACCAAGAAAUAUCAUGAUACAGAAUUGCUUUACCCUUUUAGAUUGUAAUAAUUCAUCUUUAAUGUUCAAACUAUCAACUGCAUGUGUGAAAAACCUACUCGUACUGACUCUCUGCAAUGCUUCUUCAUUCACAGUUCAAUUUAGCUAUUCAGUUUCGAAGACAAUGGCAAUUUUGCUGUUUAUGAUAAAGAUUAUCGAAAUGUUUGAACUCCACGCAAGCAUGCAAAGGAUGCGAUCUGCUGGAUAUCAAGCGAUAGCCCCACUAAAAUUUCUCAUAAUUAUGUAAGUGUUUAGACAAUCAACCAAUCAAAAUCACUACCCGGUUUUCAGGUAGUGACGUCACUGCUGAGAGGAGGGAACAACUCGAAGCAAUUGGAUGAAAUUCAGGCUACUUAACUACAGUUAUAACUUCUUGCAAUAAUGGCAAACUUUCAUGAGGGGCCACCAAAAUCUUGGUAUUUUGGGUGGACAUCUUGUAAAUAGGGGAAUCCAAAAUUAAGUGAGUUGGUUACACAGAUGUUUGACUGUGUUGUUGCUGAGAGGUAUUUAAUUUAUUAUUUUGCACUGUCUUUUGAUUUGUUAAACAGUUAACUCAUUCUAUGUGGAGCCAGAAAAUAAUGAACAAAUGACAAAGCUGGGAGCAAGUGAUAUGUGCCAUCUUCAUGUUGCCAACAGUGAACUGCGACUUCUCUGUGCAAAGGAUGGAAGGCUCCUUGUGGCCUGGCCCUUUACGUGUCUUAGGCGAUACAUGAGUACACGAGGAAAAUUUACAGUGGAAGCUGGACGGCGAGCACCUACAGGAGAGGGCAAGUUUACAUUCCUUACUCCACAACAUGAUGAGAUUUAUAAGCUUUUGGAUAAUGUCAUCAAGUCCCGUGCUGGGCAAACAAGCACAACAAAAUCACAUCAACCACCAGAACAGACAAAGUCAGUGUCAACUGAUGAAAGGAAGGAUGUUCCGCAAAAUGGUUAUGAUAACCCAGUGGCAACAUCACCAAGAAAAGAUGAACAGAUGUUGGCAGGAAGUUCAAAUUCAAUGAACAAUGCAUAUGCUGCUCCUUAUGGACACCUUCCUCCCAGAGAUACUGUAAAAAAAGCUUCACCCAUUUUGAUUAGACGCACACCUCAAGCUGUACCAGACAGUAGAUUGAUUGCAGAUUCAGAUGUCAGUGAGGAGUAUAAUACCUUGAGUCACCCUGUACAAGGAUUUGAGGAGAAGGGUUCAAAAGGUGUUGUUGAGUCUGAAUAUUGUAUUCUUGAUCAGUGCCUUUCUCCACCCACAGAAGGACAGGAUAUGUACAAUACCACCCACCACCAUGGUAAAUUUCAAACACCGGCAGCCUCUCAGUACUCAGUCACAGAAGAUGUUUAUAAUGUCCUUGGUGAAACACUUCCACACAUGGUACACAAUGAGUCUCGAGGACAUGAAGAAAAUGCUUACAACACCCUGGACAUGACAAAAAAUCAAACGUCGUCAACACCUUCACAGCUUGAGCAAACAUACAAUACCCUAGACCAUGCAGCCCCUGCUAGACCUCCUCGUAAACCUAUUCAACCGCUGCCAAGAACCAGGCCACCUGCUGCAAAGUCAUCACCUAAAUCUCCAGCUAGGAAGCUCUCCAGUGAUCUUGCCAGGAAUCUUCAGUCAUCCCCUGCCAAUACAAAUGAUGAUACGUAUAAUACUUUGGGCAUAAACAGUAGAGCUCCCCCUUCCCUGGUAAGGAGAGUGCCUGAUGAAGUUGAUGACAAUACCUACAACACCCUGGAAACGUCAAACCAAAGGCAGCCUCCUCCAGUUCCUGUAAGGAAAACACCUGAUCAACUACUUAAGAAACAUCUGAAAUCCCAGCAGACAUUUGAUGAAAAUAGCGAUAUGUAUAACACACUGGAUCAUACAAAAGUCGGGCAUCAGUCACCAGUUACAACCAGGAAGAUGCAUUUUCAAACAUUUUCAGGUGAGGGUAGUGAAGUCUACAAUACACUUGAUGCAGAUAAAAGAGUAGGUGCCAACCCAAUUCCACCUUCAAGGGUUACAAAACAAUCUUCACUGUCAGCUGAUGAUGAUGGAAUGUAUAGUACUCUUGAUUCUUCAAGAGGUGGUGCUGUGAAGAGUGCAAUUCAUAAUGAAAAAUUGGAUAAUGUACAGUCAAGAAAUGAUCAAAUGGAUGACAUGUACAAUACACUGGAUUCAACAAGAACAGGGGCCUCUGUGCCACCUCCUGUCCCCACCCAGAGGACCAGUGAAAGCAGCAUUACUAGAAGCCCCCUCCAUAGUCCUAUCAAAAAGGCGGCAGACUCUCCAGCGUUAAGGAAGAACUUUGCUUCAAGCCUGCAAUCAUUUCACUGCUCUCUAGAUGAUGAUAAUGCAUUGCAGCCAGGGGUUCCUCAAAAGUCGUCUUCUUUAGAUGACCUUGAUUCUUAUGCUAGCAUUGAUUAUACGAUGGUGAACCAACCAAAAGGCACUCAAGGCCAGUAUCCAAUCCCAGCACAGAGGGCUGCGAACAUCAAGGGGGUACCAUUCAAGGGUAGAAAAAGCAGUGCCCCAGAUAUAAUCUCACUUGCAAAGACAAAUACCACUGGCAAAAAUGCUAAGAAAGGAGGAAAGAGUGGACUUGUGCUGAACUUAAAGGCUUCACUGGAAGCAGGAGGGUUAGAUUUCAGUAAAGCAAGGAGAAAACCUAAAAAUAAAUUGUCCCGAGAGGAUAGUAGUGGAGAUUUGCCCACCCAUUCAGAGGUUGAAGAACAUGGUGUCACACCAACUGAGGAGGUCUUUUCACCAGGUACACCACCCAUAAAACCUGGACGGUCCUCAUCAUCACCAGCAGAUCCCAAUAAAGAAGAUGUUGUUUAUGAUGAAUUAAAUCAGCCAGAACUAAGACCCAAGUCACUACAGAUUACAAAACCGAAGAGAAGUCCAAAGAAGUCUUAGAGUACACUGAACUUUUCCUUUAGUGCACAUUAUUGCCAUUAAUUAGUGAUAUCUAAGGUGGCAUUCAUUAGUAGCACCUAAUUUUAUGUCCACUUCGUACCACUAGUUUAUUAGUAAGAACUACAUGCACUUAAUUAUUGCAGAGAACCAACUUACAGGAUUAUUCAUUGUCCUUGUGGGAUCAGUAUUAUAGCCUGCAAGCAUGCACUGCACUGGGAAGUGAGAGAGUUGUAGAGUCUAGUGCAUGACCUUCAACUCUCACACGGGGAGGCCACAAAAAAAUGUUUGAUUAUUCAUUUUCUUUCAACU